UACGAAAAUAUUAGCACUGUGCUUUGGAGAUAAUGCAUGCCCUGAUAAUACAGCUUGCAUGAUAGACGUAAUAUCAUUUUCUUGAUUUUAUACUGCAUUUCUACUGAAUACGCAUUCAAUCAUUUAUAGAUCUUUUUUAUUCUUAUCAUAUAUUAUUUAUGGUAUGAUAUCUGUGAUAAACUCUAUUUAAUUUGAUAAACACUUACAAAUUAUUUUUUAAUUAUCGUCUUAUCAAGUAUGACUUUUUUCUUUUUAUCUUUUAACUGUAUGAUUCUCAGCAUGUUUUGAAAAAUAAGAACAUACAAAUUUGUGAUGGUUUAGCAUUCUGAUAUAAUUAAAAGAACAUAUUUGUGAUGGUUGUUAAUGAUAAUAGAAAUAUAUAUCCUUAAUCUAUUAAGACAUAUACAUGCUUUGUAUGUAUCAGCAGAUAACGUAAUUUAUCUAUUUGCAAAAACUUUAUUUACUUCUUAUUCCAGUGUGCAUAAUGAAUGAAAUAUUUUGAUUUGUUGUUCGGAGAGACGCUGUUAGCGCUAAUAGCAUCGUUCUAUCUUUGUUAUUUACUUAUUGAAAGUUGAACAAAAGGACGGAGCACGCUCAUAGCGCUAAAAACGUGCUCCUCGAACGCAGCCAUGUGUUGUGUUAUUAUGGCGGGAUUGGCGGGAAGAAUCAUAGUCGAUUGUAGGACUGUACGAUCAGUCGAUUGUUUAGAAAACGUCAAUUUUCGAUAACGAUGGAGUUCGUAGCCACACAAAUCUAUGAAGAUGACGAUUUUUCGCCUACUCAGAAAAUUCCAGAUACUAUUGAGGAGGAAGAGCUAGUACAGGUUGGAACAUUAAGUAUCGAUUCCAAUGAAUAUCAGAUUAUGAGAGGGACCACAAAAAUUGGUAGGCUUUGUAGCUGCGACAUUGUUAUAAAUGAUGCGACAGUGUCGAAAAUACAUGCAGUGAUCGAAGCUAUGACAAAUCAAGGAUCAAGAACUUGGAUUUGUGAUCUAAAUUCUUCCAACAAGACGAAACUUGAUAAUGAAAUAUUACUACCCACUCGUUUAUAUGAACUCAAAGAUGGAAAUAUCAUUAAAUUCGGUAGAGUGCACGCGAUUUAUCGCGCAUAUCGUCCGAUGGUGAUACCAGAAACACCCGCGCCAUCGCGAAAAAGAGUCACGAGUAUAAUAAUCCCGAGCACUCCGGAUUCAUCUCUCAAUAAUUUAUCCAGCGAUGAUGGAUCCGUUAUUCUUGGAACACAAAGAGACGAACAGAACAACGUCUUUCGGCGUCCGCCGAGUCCACAACAACAUCAGUCCACAAGCAUCUGUAAAAAGAAUACUUCCCACGCAUCUUCCAGCAAGAGCAAUGAUUUACAAAGUGCCACCGUAUUGCAUGCAUCCAAUAUUAACAUUAGCGAAAACCGAAAAUCUAGUAAUAUAUUUGAUAUAGAAACGCAGAAAUUCGAAGGACAUGAAACGGUGGCAUCAAAUUCUAUUCAUGAUAUAGAGACGCAAAUAUUUCCCACAGAUGGAUCUACGCAUCUUAUUCAAGCGAAUACUAAAAUUAACAAACAACAAGAAUCAAAGUUAAAUCUCCAAGAUGAAGUAGCUAGCACCUCUGCGACAGAUAUUCACGAUAUGGAAACGCAACAUUAUGCGAGCUAUAUUAACGAACUGGAGACUCAAAAGAGCGAGGACAAUAUUCGGAAUGUAACACCGAAGAAGUUAACAACAGAUAUUCAUAAUGCGGAAACGCAAAAUUAUAUUGAUGGUACUAACAAAGAUGACUACAAUACGAAAAAAUCCGUAAUCGAUAAAAAUAAGAAUCAAAAGAAAAGUUUAGAUCAAGUCGAAUGUAAUAUUAACGAUUUAGAAACGCUAAGAUUUGAUAAUAAUGAUAUUGCGGAAGACUUAUCCAAUGUAGAAACUCAAAUGGAUAACAUUGUAAAUGAUAUCAAUAAUGAUCGAGCCAAUACGGAUAAAGAUACCAUAGCAAAAACUAUUAAAAAUGGAAUUAAUGAUGAUAGUGAAAAAGAUAAAGAUAAUAUAGUAGAAACUAUUAAGACCAAAAUCAAUUAUGAUAACGUUGCACAAUCGCCCAGAUCUAGUAGCCCUGGAUCUUUGAAUUUAUCAUCACCAGGAGUCGAUGAAGAUUGCCUUUCCUCAUUACAUAGUGACCAUUUGCUCGAAUCAUCAGAUUUAUUAGAAUUCUUUGGCGAGGGCAUCGAUAAACGGGAAGAAAUACGAGCGUCUAACACAUCUACGCCAAAAUCGCACACGAAAACGUCAUCGGAAAGAGAUAACAAUACCGGAAAUAUGUCGAAUAACGAUGAAGACAAUAUUUUCGAUGCUCUCACUCAAUGCAUUCAUGAUUUUGAAGGGAAAUCGGACGAAAUCAACGAGAAAGAUAUACGCAAGCUUCCGAAGAAAAAGAACGGAUCAAAGGAAAGCAUCAAUGAUGAUCCGGAAAUGGACACAGAGGAAUAUUCGAAGAAACUCGCUAAAAAGCAACGCAAAUCUUUAGAAAUUUCGGAUAAGUCCUGCGACGACAAUAUAGAUAAUAAAAAUGAUCCAGGCACGAGUAUUGAAUCUGAAGAUAUAUUUGAUGCACUAACGCAACAAUCGAAUAGUCCUGCGGUUAAGGAUACAUCGAACUCAUCAGGCACCAACCAGUUAUCGAAAAUCAAUGAAACUGACGCUGUUGACGAUAUGGCGCCGACACAGAUUAUAAACAACAAUGAAAACACACAUGAUCAAGGCAAUUUGGCAAAUAAACCUUCGGCAGAUAUCAAUGACUUUAAUAACACAAUCGAAGAUGGACAAAAGAAACAUGUUGGCCGCAAAAAAAUCGGAGAAUCUUUUCAAACAGAUGCAGAUGAUAGUCUGGAACAAAAACUUAAUGAAAUGUUUGAAAAUGUAAAUAGCAGCAUUCAUGAGCCACCACAUAUGUCGACUCAGGCUCUCGAAGAUAUUUUGGAAUCAUCGCAGAGUGAUAACGACUUACCUGUCAACAAAUACACUGUAAACGAAAGCUUGCGUACAGAUAGUAAAUUGCAAACGCAAUUAAAAAAGAAAAAUCGCACGCCUUGCGAUCAAUCUCCGUGUGAUACAGCAGAUACCGAAGCGAAUAAUGUAAAUAAUAUGGAGAUUGAUUCGCAAAAUUCAGAUACUCAUUUUUCUACUCUUACUACAAGACGGAAAAGAAAUAUUUUAAAAGAGGCACAGGAGAAAGAGAACGAGCUCGUAGACUCCAUGCUCCAGAAUGUAACUUCUUCUCGUCAAGACUCUAAUAUUUCACAAAUAUCUAAAGUAAAUAAUGAAAAAGAUGAUAAUACAAUUACGGAAUUUAAUAAAAGAGAUAAAAAAACUUCAAAACCGAGAAAUGAAACUGAUACAGUGACAGAUAAGACAGACAGUUUAAAUGACGAUAACGUAACCGAAACUAUCUCAAAUAACAACGGGGAUAACGAAAAUAAUCUUCGACUUUCGAUAAAAAGAAAAUAUGGAGCUGCGUCGGAAGCGGGCAAUAAACGAGUUUUGAGAAAUGAUCCGAACAAAGUCGAAGUCGAUAAUGUAGAAAAGGACUCGGGGAGUGAGUCCAAUGUUUGUGCACCUUGUUCAUCAAGAGAUGUAGAACGUGCACAAACAUCGGACAUAUCAUAUGAGAGCGACGAUGACAUUUUAACACGUUUACCAGCGGUUAAAAUAUCGGGGACGCUCUCAAAUCCUGCGAGUCCUUCCGUAUCAUCGACGUCGACUGUGCGUAGCGAAAGACUUAAACGAGGUAACGUAAAAGGUAGAAACAAAAAAAUUGUACGGAAUAAAUCACUACGCAAGCAAAGCGGUGAGAACGCUAAAAAGAACGAAAGCUCAAAUCAAAAGCAUGAUAAGCCAGCGAUUUCGCUGCUUGAUAAUGAAAUGCCCAGUUUAGAUGUUCUAAAGACUAAUAAAAUGACGAAACAUCUUGUCGACACUUCUGAUGAUUCCGACAGCGAAAUGAAAAAUAAACGAUUCAAGCAAAUGGCAGAGAGAAUAAUGCUAAAUAAUAAGGUCGAUUAUUCGAAACGCGGUAAAAAAAACGUACAAAAUACGUCCGACAAAAAGGAAAGUGCGCCUAACCUAUCUAAUCUAUCGAAGAAUCUGAAGCUAGAUACUGACGAUGAAUUGAAAAUUUCUUCGCAAAUAAGUUCAAGUUCAAGAAUCACGCGACAUUCCAGUAAACAAAAUGACGAGAGUUCGGAUGUAUCGCGCAAAGAAGCUCGCAUGGAAAAUGUAACCUACGAUAGAUCUACAAAACCAGAAACGAGAUCUAUCGUCACUAGAAGAAAGAGAACUCUGAACACGAUUGAAAAAGAUAUCGAGGAGAUGAAUUCGAUGAAACGUGAAGCACAAGUCAUCGAGGAACGUCCGAUUUUUACGCGGGCUCGAAGAAACACAGUUAAAACAGAUAUUGAUAGGCAAUCUCCAAUUCUUAAUUAUUUCACUAAAACUAACUCACGCAAGAAUUCCCCGGUGAUUGGAAAUACGAGGUCUUCCCGAGAUAAUAAAACAGUACCUGAAACUACAUUAGAAGAAAGUCAAAAAGCCUUAAAUUUAAAAACAGAUGAGAAUGUCGAUUCUGGGAGAUCCAAACAAGGCAAACGUAAAAUUAAUGAUGAUCAAGCUGCAAUGGGUGUUGAUGUAACUGUGAAUAAAAGUAGUAUUAACAACAAACAAGUCCAAAUGCAAGAAAGACAGACUGCAGUGAAUCUAUCACAAGACAAGGUUCUAAAGGUUGUAAUUAGUCCCAUAAGAAGCUCUCUAAUAAAUUCUAUAGAAGACGAAUCGCAAGAAGUGGAGAUGAUCAUGGGAAAAAGUCUGAGUAAUGUGCAAGACAAGAAUUUAUCGAUUAGAGAAACUAACACUGCGAAGAUAUUUCAAAGAAAAUUGAGGAUCAGAAGCAGGAAACAAUCCAACAUAGAUACUGAGACAGAUUCAGCUUUAACUGAGAGCAAUAUAUCAUCUAUCAUAGAUGAUUCUAGUAAUACGCAAUCUGAUGAUUCCCCACCAAAAGUUAAAAUUCGCAAAAGAUUUACUAAAAGUCCAGCAGGAACACAAGCUCUGAAAAAAAAGGAAACAUUUAAGAAGCCUACUAGUGUCAAGAAUUCUGCAAGUUCAAUCUUUGAUUCCUCCACAGAAGAUACAACCAGUGAAAGUAGUCAAAAUAGUAAUAUAGAAAAUGAUACUUUGUCAAGUUCUAGAUCUUCAAGAUCAAAGACAGCAAGUAUCAGGAAGAAGGAAAAGAUUGAAGUAACUCGAAGUAUGCGUAGUAUGGUCAAUGACAGUACCUCUUCGAGGAUAAAUACAAGUACAGAGAACACUCCUCUCCCAUCAACGCCUUCUACCAGAGUGCGUCGAAGUACAUCUGUUUUGAAUUAUUCCACACCAUCCACUGCAAGACACAGAGUUUUGUUUACAGGUAUAACAGAGGACUACAACAACAUCGUUAAAACAUUAGGUGGAAACAAAGUGGAAGAUCCAGCAAAGUGCAGCAUUUUGGUUACUGACAAAGUUCGCAGAACGUAUAAAUUUUUAUGCGCACUAGCGAGGGGUAUACCUGUAGUGACAAUAAAUUGGUUAAAAGACAGUGAAUCAGCAACUCGAUUUUUGGAUUGGGAAGGUUAUAUACUAAAAGAUCCUGCCGCCGAAGCCAAAUUUGGUUUCAGAUUGAGAAAGAGUCUUGAUAAGGCUAAGGAACAAAGAUUACUAGAUGGUUAUACUGUUGUAUUGACAUCAAAUAUUGCGCCACCACCAAUAGAAGAAUUAAAAGAUAUGAUAACGUCUUGCGGAGGAAAAGCUCUAUUACGUCCACCAAAUAAAUGGCCUGAAAAAGCGGUGAUACUAUCCCGCGAAGAAGAUUUGCCAAAUGCGAGAAAAUUUCUCGUGAAGGCACCAAAGACUGUUACUAUACAAUCUACGGAAUUUAUUCUGACUGGUAUUUUAAGGCAGGAAACGGAUUUUGAUAAAUAUAGAAUAAUGUGAUUACCAGUGAACCCUUCCCUUCCUUUGAUAAGAAUGCUGUCAAUAUUCAGGUAUAAAAAUAUUUUUAUUACUAAUUAUAUUAAUUGUUUAAAAAUUAGUCUCUAUAUACAAAUAGCGCUAUAUGCUGUCACAUUCCCAGUAAGUAAAAGUUGGUAGAAUUAUUUUCAUUUCUUUAUUAUUUUUUUAAAUUAAAAGAGACUUUUUUAUUUACAAAUAAAAAUUGGUGCAAUUGCCUUAAAUUUUUAUUUUUUUUUAAACAUGCAAAUUGUUCUAUUUGUUGUUCUAUUAAUCGAACAAACCUUGAUAAGAAUCAAAGUUAAUCAUAGAAUUAUAUAAUAAUGAUUGAUAAUUUAAAAAUAUGAUGAAAGUAGAAUUGUGAUAUAUAAUAAGAAAAGAGAAUACAGGAUAUGAGAUAUUCUUAUUCUGACAAUGAGCAAGGAAUAAAAAUGCAUUAGCUACAAAUCUUUAUUUCAUAGUUUUUUUUUUCAAUACAAUUAUAUUUUGAUGCUUAUAUCAAUACACAAUAAUAGACGAUUUCCUCGUCGCGAAAACUUGAGAUAUAUCUGGCAAUUCUAUUGAUGUAUAUCAUCAAUCACAAUUCGCGAAAGUUGCGUCCUAAUUAAACAUUAAAUAUCGUAUAUUCUUACGAGUUGAUUGAAGUUUAUCAACUCGGUCCUCUUUACGUAUGUGUUUUCUGUAAUACAUUGCGAUACAACAAUUGUCGCUUGUUAUAAGAACGAAUGAUAACAAAGACGUUAUCUCGUUCGAUCAGCGGUAAUUACUCAUACGCGAUGUAUGCGAAAACGCAUGCAUAAAGAAAACUCUAGUUAACGAUUUAAUGAUCAUUUAUUCAAUUAAAUCUAAUAAUAAUGAUUAUAG